GCGGAAAUGAACGAACAAUCAAGCCCAGCAGAACAUAUCUCAACAGAGUGAAUUUGAGUGCAUGGAGUCCGAUCGGCUCAUUCAUGGUAAACGUGAGCAACAGCGGCCGACGGUGCGUCAAACGCUCGUGGCCACCAUCGUCCUCAGCAUUCUUGCCAUCCUCCUCAUCGUGAUUGGAAUGGGAUUAAAACUCGCCUAUUGGCCCUCGUUGUAUUUCCCAGAUCAAAACACUGGCCUGGCAGCAUUGGGAUUGAUACUGCUGGCAAUCGGUGUACCGGUUGGCAUAACCGCUGCAUGCCUAAUCAACGUCGUUGUACGCGUUCGUACUCACAUCGCGUACACGGAGGCACGGAAAAGAGAAAUGGAAACCAGAGUGUCUGAUGUAUACGAACCAGAAAAGCGCCUUGAUGGUUGACUGUAGCAAGCAGAUCAUCCCUUCCAAGCGAGCCCGAGACUCCCACGCGAUUAAUUGUUCAAACUAUCGAUCACCGGGUACGGAGGAAACCCUCGAUUGCUUGAUUUGUACAUAAUUUACUUCUCACAAAAUCUAAUCUGCGCCGCAAUAUAACCGUUUUGACUGAAUGAAAAUCGAUUCCGCUUUUAAUACACCCCGUGGAUUGUUUCACCUUAAUGAUGUAUUGCAGAGCCAAUUCAUCUACGCUUCCACCCAAUAAUGUGCCAUUUCGCUCAUCCCGAAAAUUGCAACCAGCUGUCUACAUCACUA